CUGCGCAAGCGCACAACCGCACGGCCGCGUAGCUCCGAUCUUGCUGAAAACCGCUGGCGAGAGCUUGAGCCGCUUGCACAAUGUCGGAAAUGCACGAGCUGUCCGAGCUCUACGAGGAGAGCAACGACCUGCAGAUGGAUGUGAUGCCUGGCGAGGGUGACCUUCCGCAGAUGGAGGUAGGCAGCGGGAGCCGGGAGCCAUCCCCGAACCCCUCCCGCCCCGGGGCCCCGCCACAGCUGGAGGAGGAAGGCCCGAUGGAGGAGGAGGCGGCCCAGCCAAUGGCGGAGCCGCAGGGGCAGCGAGGCCUGGCCAUCCAGCCCAGCCCCGGGGCGCAGCCGGGCCAGAUCGCGGGCCCUGAUUUCGAGAGCGAGGACGAGGGUGAGGAAUUUGAUGACUGGGAGGAGGACUACGACUAUCCGGAAGAGGAGCAGCUGAGCGGUGCGGGCUACAGAGUAUCAGCGGCCCUUGAAGAAGCCAACAAGAUGUUCCUGAGAACCUCCAGAGCCAGAGAAGCAGCUCUGGAUGGCGGGUUCCAGAUGCAUUAUGAGAAGACCCCGUUUGAUCAGCUGGCUUUUAUCGAAGAGCUUUUUUCACUUAUGGUUGUCAAUCGUCUGACCGAAGAACUCGGCUGUGAUGAGAUUAUUGAUAGAGAGUAGUAAAAAUGCUGUGAAGAGAGGAGGAAACUACUUGAGGAGACACCCAGCAUUCCAUUGUCUCUUGGGUUCAUUCCAAAUAGUUCCGUGCCAAUGAAGAACUUGAUCUUAAAAAAUUUUUUUUUGUUUUGCAGAAUACAAUAGGGUAGUGACUGCACAGUUAUGAAAAAGGAAGAAAAUUGUUAAAGAAGAAGGAACUUAGUACUGUUGAAACCUCUUUUCAAGAAUGUCCUGAAACACCUAUGGCUUUGACUUUGUUAUUGAUCCAGUUUCAUUGCCUUGCGUUGGGGGAAAUAUCUUUCAUAUUUCACUGUAAGGGAUGGCUUUGCAAUAAUUAAGUCAUGACCAAGACAAACUGCCACUACAACAGCCCACUGAUAUUAAUUAAUAUUAAAAAAAAAGCAAUCAGUUUACCCAGCUUAGGACACGAGAUGUCUUUUGAGUUAUUUGGACUGAAAGCCUAUUGAGAAAACUCUGAGGAUUCCAUGUUGUGAUCUAGCCAAGCCGUAGUUACCAAAGGCUAAAUUUUUAGUGUAAGAUAAACUGAGUACUCUUCAGUAUCCUGAAAGGAUAAUCAUGCCCUGAAAGAAGUAUGUCACGUGUGCUGUAUCUUAAAAAGUGUUUCCAAGAGUAUUUGAGAUUUUGUUUGUACAUGUAUCAUCAUUUUUAAAGCUACUGUAAUCUUUAAUUCGAGAAGUCAUUGUCUUGACCAUUUUUGAAAGUCAAAAAUUGAGACGUCUUUAAUACAGUUUCAAAUUUAGACAUUAAACUGUAUGUAAAAGUAUAAAGAAAACAAAUUUUCUAACAUCCUUAUAUACUAGAGAAAUUUUCUGUUGUACUUGCUCUCUUUCAUUUAACUUUACAGGCAAAAGACUUUGGUUGAACUUCAUAGCGUAGGAACUGUUAAGUGAAUAUUGUCAAGUAAAAGGAAAACCCUAUUAUCUCAAAAAGACUAUGAGCAAUUAUGCUGUCAACCCCUAAAGGUUUUUAAACCUGCCCAGAAACCCACCUUAGUGUCUGAAGUUUCCCUCUGUCUCCUCCUCUAAUUAAACUUGUUAUUGGUUUGCACCAGCAUUCGAGAUAAUAAAAAUUUCUUGUUCUGUGUA